CUAGCAGUCGAUACACACAACAUCAACGUACACUCACAAAGCCGUCCAGCAGUCCAACCCACAUCGCACAACCACCACGAUCCCACCUCAGACUAAUCUUCUCCCCUCCCCAAAUCCUGUCUCACAGGAACAAACCCACAAUGCCAACAGCAACCCCGUCUGCAUCUACGAACCCCCUCACACUUCACUCCCUCCGUGCAAAAGUCGCCUCGCCCUGGACCCUAGGUAUCGCCAUCGGUCUCCUGCUCUACCACAUCCCGCCCCUCGUAUCCGAACACAUGGGGCAAGACAUGCAUUUCCAGAACAAAGUCCCCGCGGCACUGACAUGGGCACCAGACUUCGUCCCCACAGUAGACACUUACAUAGCUUCUUUACGCGCCACUGACGGACACACAGAACCCAUCAACGCGGUGAGUUUGAGUCGGAAGCACAAAGCAAAGCGACAAAAAGAUACGGAAUAUUACACACACAUCGUUGAAUGGGCGUAUAAGAUCUGCAUAUCUGAAGCGCUGGGCGAUAUGUUUCGUAUCUGGGAACGUGAUGGAACGGAGAAGACGAGAUUGUUUAACAAGGGCGUCGACAAAGUGUUGAGUGGAGUGCAGUGGCGUGUUUAUCCAAGUGAGAAUAUCGUACUAAUGGCUGGAGAGAAUGAUUGGAAGACAUGGUUAGGGAACAGGUGCGAGGAGGUGGGACGGAGGGAGGUUAGGGAGGGGAGGAGUGCGUUGGAAGAGUUUGGGGAGGUGUGGGAGAGGGAUGGAGAGGGGCGGUUAAGAUUGAGGUUCGGGGAGUGGGGACUGUGAGGUGAAAAAUGUCUCGAAUCUCAAACUUGACAAUGGUGGUGUGAACGGAGUUGUGUUUUUUCUGUGGGGGAGAGAAGUAGCAGCUGACUAAAAUGGGCAUCAACAAGGAUUAGGUCAGUAUGCAAGGGUCCACGCCAAGCUUCUUUUGCCAUGAUGCAGCGGCACCCUGUUGAGACGCGAC